CCUACCUACAAUGAAAUGAUAUUUCCUUCGCAACAAACAAAAACAAUAAUAUUAUCGUAGUUUCUCUUUGAAAUGGAAUAUAUCGUAAAGGAAUUAGAUAUAAGUAGUAAAAAUGUUACAACCACGUCAACACCUGGAGUUUAUGCAGUCACUGUCCAUACACGUUGGAUUAAACAGUGGUUAAAUAUCGAAAAUGAAAACUUUUCAAAUGUUUCUUAUGUUUCGCAACCCGAUGAAAGUACGCAUCAACAGUUCAGAAGAAUGUUCAUUAAAGUUAUACGUAAAAAAUCAUCUAAAGUACUACCUCUACCCCGCUAUAAGUUGAAUGAAAACACUUCAGAAACUCCACUGACAUUCUCACAAUUACUCCAGUAUGUAUCACAGAGCAACCAGAGAAGCCUCUGGAAAGAAUCUUAUAAAAAGUAUUCACAAAAUACAGAUAGUAGCAGGACAGAGAAUUCUACUGUUAAUUUAAUUGAGCACGAUCAGCUAACAUCUGAGAUACUAUUUAGACUGUACUGUUGUAACUUAAUCAAGAUCAAAGAUUUUAGUUACGAAGAAAUUAUACCCAGUAUGAUAGUUCUAAAACCUCAUGAGACACAUAAUAAUCUGUUGGCUGCUAUGUUUAUAUUUGAAACAAGUAAUAACUUCUUUAUAGUUUAUAGAGGUAGCUAUGAGAACAAUCUAUUAGAUUGUUUGAAUUAUACUCCCAAUUUAAUUGACAAAAAUUAUGGAAGAGGAUUAUUUGUCAUUUAUCAGUUGUUGAACUUGGCAAAGGCCAUGAGCGACAGAGGCCUAAGCUUGGGAGCUUUGACAUUGCAAGAUAUUUACUUAUCGGAAAACUUAUGGCUACAAGUUGUACCCAUGAUUGUGAACAAUAUCCAUUGCCUCGAUCCUACUGACAUAUAUGAACAGAGUAAAAGAAGACCUCAGUUGAAUCAAGUUACUUUACCAAACUCAGAGACUUCGCAGUCCAAUGAUGAGUGUUCUUGGCGUAAAAACGCAGUUAAAUUGGAGAAGAUUUGUAUGCUAUGGCUAAAUGGUAUGAUAUCAAAUUUGGAUUACUUGAAACACCUCAAUGUGUUAGCUGGAAGAAGUCCUAGUGAUCCGCAAACACAUUUCAUGGUUCCUUGGGUAACUGAUUUUUCAUCUAGAUGUGGUCGAAAUUGGCGUGAUCUUACUAAAUCAAAAUACCGCCUAAACAAAGGUGACCAUCAGCUGGACAUGACAUAUGACGUCACGAGCUCAGCUGAUCAAAUUCCGCAUCAUGUGUCAGACGCAUUAUCUGAUAUCACUUGUUAUGUAUACUUGGCUCGUAGGACUCCUAAAGAGUUAUUAUGUAAAUAUGUACGCAACAAAUGGGUGCCAGCCGAAUAUCCUGCUUCGAUACAACGAAUGCAAGAAUGGACCCCUGACGAGUGCAUACCGGAGUUCUACACUGAUCCGACCGUGUUCAAAAGUAUACAUGAAGAUUUACCGGAUUUAGGCAUACCAUCAUGGGCUUCGUGCGUCGAGGACUUUAUGACUAAACAUCGAGAGGCCUUGGAGAGCACCCACGUGUCGGAGAACCUGCACCAUUGGAUAGACAUCACUUUUGGUUACAAGUUGUCAGGUCAAGCGUCUGUCAAAGCGAAGAACGUUUGCCUGUCGCUAGUGGACGGGCACACGCGGCUGCGGCGCGGCGGCACGGUGCAGCUGUUCACGGCGCCGCACCCGCCCCGCGCGCCCCGCGCCACGCCCCCCGCGCCGCCCGCGCUGCACUGGACCCUGCCGAGGGACGCUAAGAAAUCAGUUAAAAACGAGAGCUCUGAUGAGGUCUCCGAGGAUGAGGAGGAGCCGGCCGGCGUCCCCCAACACGUGUCUUGUCUGCACGUGCCUCCGCAACGUCACAGAUCCCGACACAAGGGCAGCAGUCGCGCGCGCUCCCUCUCCAAAACUCCCAUCACCGACGAUUCCCAACAAGUCACCGAGAGUAGGGCCUCCUCCCAUUCGAGGCACUACAGGGUCCAAAGAUCGGAAAUGGGAAAAGGCGUUAUUUAUUUACCGAAAGAAUUUAACCCGGUCGCUUCAAUACAGGCCCUGGAAGCAUUGGAUAACUUCAAAACGAAAUGCUUUUUCAGCAAAGCGAACGAAAAGGACGAAAAAGAAAAUCUCGAUUCAUUCAAGUCCCAACAGGACGGUAAAGCAAAGGGAUCCGCCAUUAAAAACUCGGAGCGAAACGAUGAUAAUUCGUUUACUAAUCGCAUGUUUCUCGGCUCGUACGAUUAUAUAAAGAAAUUAAAUCACGACACGCAUUUAGAAUCGAUUUUUAAGAAGAGAAAGAAUCGUUCGUUCGUCACUAGGUACACGACGGACGCCGCGAUCUACAAGCAGUUCAUAACUGAAAAUCGCAAACAAGACAUGCUCGUUAUCGGUUGUCUCAUCGUCGAGAUAUUCCUGCACGCGCAGAUGCGCCCGCUCAGGACGUUCCACGAAGAUUUUAUCGAUAGAUACAAAUGCUGCAGGACCGUAUUCAAAUACAAUUUUAACGCGUUACCUAAAUGCGUGACUUACAUGGCCUCCCUACUCCUCGACGUACAGCAACCGAGCUUAAGUUUCAAGGACGGAUUGUGUAUACGAGACGAGGUCAUUAAAAAGAACCCCGUCACCGACAAAGGUCUCCCCUAUCCGACCCCAGCGCAAACGUUGCAGCCGUUAUUGGCCCAACACUUGAUCCCGUUCCCUCAGAGUUUCACAGUAUUGUACAAGCUACUGAGCGCUUUACACGAAUAUGAGUUAACUAGUAACGAAUUGAACAUACUUUCGUGUUACGUAUGCGAUGGAAUUCAGUGUGAUAAAUAUCAGAACAUCGAUAAGGCGAAGACGUUUUUCGCACAGCAGAUCGCCGAAGGGAAGAUAAUGGCGUGCGUCACACAUUUAGACGUUCUUCUAAAUCAGAUCGAGAGGAACACUCAAUUCGAUGUCAUGGACAUAUUCCUGGCACACUAUGUCGAAUUACUGCAGAAUAAGGAAACUUCGGUGCUGGCAGCUUGGUAUUUAUUUGACAUUGUCAGCAAGGCUCUGGGACCGAACGAGACACGAAAGAAGUUGAUGAAAUACAUCCUCAAUUUGUAUGAAGAUGAUGAUUUUGUCGUAGACCGGCCGGAACAGCACAAGCUGACUGACGCCGACGACACAGCCGCGACGGCACUCACAAACAAACAGAAACUUGUUAAACUAUAUCAUCACAUAUUUUUGCUACAAUUAAUGGUCAGGUUGGGUCUUCAAUGUUUCCUGGACAAUUUCACGCAGCAUUUAGUCGAAGCUGUCGGGGGUUACAAAGACGUGUGCAGUGAAAUUAAUUCGCCGGGACAUUUGAAUCACAAACGUGCAAUGGCUAACAAGAAGCCGAGGUACUCUGACGAUAAUCUAAAAAGCGCUUUGUCGACCGCCACUGACAUAUUCUCACCGGACACUUCGUACGGAUCUGAGAAUAUUACUACUCCUAUCGUUGAAAAGGCAAUAGAAGUGAACAAUAGCAAAGAGAAGGACAUUGAUAAUCGCAGCGAAAACGAAUUGUUCCACUUCGAGAGUGACAAGGACAGACCGAGCACAAACUGCCGGAGUAAGUCCCCCACAGAAUCGAUUGAUUCGUAUGGUUCCAACGUCCAGGAGGCUCACACUCCUUCGCCAUCGAGAGAUCGCAUAUCCCCGAGUACUACAAAAUAUUUGACUCCUAACGCAAAAGAUCAUAGCGUUUUUAUCACGAAUGAAGAAAACAUUGAUGCGUCGGUCACCAAGAAACCGACAUCUCCCACGAUAGACAUACCGACAAAAUCAAUGUUCACUAGCUACCUGCGCUUCGCGGAGGAGAAUCCUUCAGAAGUCGAGGUGCGGAGGGAUUCUCAUUCGCGCCAAGUGAAGAGUUUAGAGUUCUCGAAGAACACAGACGUUCAGAAUAUGGAAACCUUUAAUUUCUGCGAAGGCAAUAUGAGAUUCAAAGAGAACAGUUCGUGUAAAAUAUCAGAUAUGAGCUCGGAGAGUCUGAUCUGGCUGGCCCACAGGCUCGGUCCAGUGCUCACUUGCAGGUACAUCACGAGGAAUUUACUUAAAAUGCUGACGCUGUGCUAUAUUGGGAAAGAUAACUUAGUUCCGUGGGAAGGAGACGAGAGAGAUGACUUCGAUGAUAUAUCAAUAGUGAACAGCAGAGUCGUGGGCGAUAAGAGUGCCGUGAAAGUAAUAAAUUGUCUUACUUCCAUCGUCGCUAUGUAUGGGGAACAAUUAAUAAUUUUUCAAUAUUUGCCGCACAUGGGCGAGCUGAUAGCGUCUUGCAGGAGGAGGCUGUCCGCCCCGCUAGAGGGCGGGGUGGUCGCCUGCUUGCAAUUGGUCAAGUAUUUGGUGCCUUACAUGUCCGAUGUCAAGAUCAUGGAGCAACUGCAGGACACGUUUUUGAAAAUAAUCCUCCAGCCGGCCCUCCGCCUGUCGUCCACGUCUCGAUGCGCGUACCCCAACGGCGCGGUGGCGCGGCGCGCGGUCUGCCGGAAGCUGGUCUCCGCGCUGCACGUGCUGGCGCUGAGGGUGGGGCCGGAGAUGACGAGGAGACACCUGUGCGUGCCGGCCUUGCAGAGAUUUUUCUUAGCGUUCGACAAAGCUACCGGUAAGAUCGAUAACUGGCCGAAGCAAGACGACCUGUAUCCUGAGGCUACACAAGACCCCGACGGUCAAGACCCGAAGGAAGGCUUCCUGGAGAUAUGUCGUGACGGCACGACCGCGGAGUGGCGCGUGCAGGACGGGCGCGUGGUGCGGGCCGACCUGCCCGACCGCCCCGACCUGGCCUGCACGCCGCCCAGGGUCACCGCGCAGCUAGACUCAGGGACGCUCACCGCUCAAGAGGAAUUACUAAUGGUAUUCGACGAAGAGUUGGCUCACAAAACCUACACGAGUUUCACGCGUCUGGUCGGCACGGAGACCAUGGAACGCUGCCUCAAAAACUUGGACACCGUGAAAGGUUUAUGCAGAAAAUACGAACAGAAUCAUUCAAUAAGCUCCCCCCUUCAGAUAGCGCGUGCAGACAAGCGCGUCCAGUCCUCGUAUAGCGACGAGCCGCUGUGUCGCCGGGCCGGCGCGACGCCCAGCCGCCCGCACGACGCGCCCGCGGACCACAUCUCCAGCUCGAACAGCUUCGGUUCCAACGUCACCCUGGUCGGGAAUCGAAUAGAUGUCGCCAGCGACGCGGGAACGGAACUCGCCGGACAAGGGGAGGGCUUCGACGUGGUCUCGUACAAAAUGGACAACGGUGUUAAAAGCGAAAGACAUUUACGUGGCGAUUGGCUGAUCUACUGGGAACAUGAAAUAGGCCGUGCCGAUAAGGACACAGGGUUCAAUUUAAAACAGAUCAAACUACAGACGUUCGCGGGGCACACGCAUUCGGUCAAGUCGAUACACUGUCUAGACAACGAGCACAGCUUCAUGAGCGGAUCGAAGGAUAAAACGGUCAAGCUCUGGUCUCUGAGGAAUCAGGGCGACGGCAAUGCCACAACGCAGUGCAACUGGACGUACACGGGGCACAAGAAGGGCGUUCUGUCUCUUUCGUUCAUAGAGUCGCAGCGUCUAGCCGUCUCAACCGACUCCGUUGUGCACAUAUGGGACCCGUUCAUGGAGAGUGUUGUUUCACAGCUGGACAGCAUCAAGAGUCCCGUGAGUAUAGUCCGCGCGCUGCCGGGCGCCUCCUCGACCGUGGUGGCCGCCACCAACGACGCCACCGUCAGGGUUAUAGACGCACGCGACCCCAACCACUCCUACGAGCUUAAGCUGUGGUCCGGCGGCAGCACGUACAUCCGCUGCAUGUGCGCGUGGGACGCGCGCUGGGUGGCGUGCGGGCUCGCCAGCGGACACGUGGCCGUGCUGGAGCUGCGCACCGGCCUGCCGCUCGCCGCCUGGAAGCCGCACGACGGAGAGGUGCUGCGUCUGGCUGCAGUAGACCAGCACAGGCUGCUCAGCUCCGGGCUGGACCAAGUGACUGCCUUGUGGAAGCCGGACGAUGGAGAACUCAUCUCAUAUUUGAAAGGGAGCCCGGAGCCGGUGCACUGCCUAUCCGUGCACAACGAGGAGCUCAUAUCCGGAACCACCAACAACCGGAUCGGAGUGCACACCUCGCUGCAGCAGGACGCCGGCUUCUCCAGCACCAAGCUGCGCUCGGACACCUUCAAGGGAGUCCUCACCUGCAUGUCCGUGCUGCCGAUGAACAGAUUGCUGCUCUUGGGAAGCGACAACGGAACGAUAAGUCUGCUGUGCUGAUUGAACACAACACAUUUACUGGUGGUAGGACCUCUUCUGAGUCCGCGCGGGUAGGUACCACCACCCCGCUCAUUUCUGCCGUGAAGCAGUAAUGC